AUGAGCAAUACUCCCGAUGGUGCGACUGCGGUGACCGCGCCUACGGAAUCAUCUGCCCAACCUCCCAGCAACGAAGAAAACAUCGCCCAAGGCAAGGAACGAGCCAAAGAAGUCCUCGCAGCUUCCGGUAUCGAUGUCACAAGGAAGGAGUCCAUCACUGAAACCAACGGCCGCGAUGCCAGUCCCGGGCCAACCCGAAAACGCAAGCGCGAGACUCCCAUUGAUCGCAUACAAGCCGCCGAGUACGUUGACCGCGAGUAUCACUACAAGGCCCUCUAUGCGGAUCAACUUGCCCAUCCGGUAAUAUCGCAACAAAAGAAGCAAGAGCUCGCGCUUUAUCAGGGCUUGCGACAGAGAAGAGAGCAUGACCCUGGCUCCAUUUUUGGCUAUGGUUACGAGGGGUUCGGCAAUCCAAGGACAGACGACAAAACUAUUCGCGACCCCGUCUUGUAUCCUCGACAAAGACGACCCGGCAAGAGAAAGACUCUACCGCCCCGAGUAUCGCGGCCGGAUCGGAACAUCCAGGCCGAACAGGGCGAGGAACUGGUACCUAUCCGGCUUGACAUCGAAUGGGGCAAGAUCAAAUUGCGCGAUACUUUCACCUGGAAUCUCCACGACCGAACGACUUCAAUUGACUACUUUGCGGAGAAAGUGGUUGAAGAUUUCGGGCUCGAAGUCCAGAACUGUCGUCCGCUUACCCAGUCAAUCGCAAAUCAUAUUCGUGACCAAUUGAACGACUACUGCCCUCAAAUCUACGCGGAUGACGAACCCUGGGAGCCAACCCUUCCAUACUUUGCGUACAAGAACGAUGAAAUGCGGAUUCUCAUCAAGCUCAACAUCACCAUUGGUCAAAAUACCCUCAUUGACCAAUUCGAGUGGGAGAUAAACAACCCCUUCAAUUCGCCUGAGGAGUUUGCGCGUCAGAUGACCAGUGAUCUAUCGUUGGCUGGCGAGUUCACAACUGCCAUUGCACACUCGAUACGUGAGCAAUGUCAGUUGUUCUCCAAGUCCCUACAUAUCACGGGCCAUCCGUUCGACGGCCGCCCCAUCGACGACCCCGAUUUGAGAGAAAACUUCUUGCCAACCCCGUUGCCGACUACAUUCCGUCCUUACCAGGCGGCCAAGGACUACACACCCUACCUGUACGAACUUAACGAGGCAGACCUUGAGCGAACCGAGCUAUCCAUUUCUCGGGAGCAACGUAGGCAGAAGCGCUCCACGAAUCGUCGGGGAGGUCCGGCGCUUCCUGAUCUCAAGGAUCGUCAACGAACGAUAAGAUCCCUGGUGGUGUCCUCGGUCAUUCCUGGAGCCGCCUUAACCACGGAGGAAAGCAGAAUAUUCCGGAUGCCGAAGGCCACCAGGAAGUCGGUGCGCACACAGCGAGACGGUUUUGAAGAUUCGGACGAAUCAGACAGUGACGACUCGGCCCCUGAUUCGCCUGCCAUUCCCGCGCAUCUGUUGCAAGGAGGAACAGCGCGCACUAGGGGAAUUCGGAACGCUGCACUCAGCGCAACCGCUGGUAUAAGAUCGAAUUUGAGCGGAUUCGCAUCGGUUAGGUCGGCGACACCCGAAUCAAUAGCACCAUCGCAUCAUGAAGGGCGAGCAUCAGCGAGAAAGAGAGACUACAAGGAAGAAAGCGACGAUGAAUCUGCGCCGGAGAAGCUGGUCGUCGUGCUCAAAGUCGGGAAAGCGAAAAUGCGAGAAUGGAUGCGUUCGCAACGGCUCAGGGACAGAGCCGCACACAUGUCGAACUUGUCGAACGCCGGCAGUCCUCGACCUGGCACGCAUUCACGGUCUGUAUCCGCGGCGCCUCUGAAUCUCGUAGGCAUGCCGCCUCCUCCCUCUCCAGCAAUGGCUCCGUCGUCGGCUUCAACAGAUAUUCCAGGUGCAGUUGACGCCACAGCCAAUCCAACGACCCCAGCACCUCCGCCGCCGGAGUGGCUUGUUCAAGAUCUACAACGUCUCCGUAAAACAUACCCGAACGAUCGUUUCGAGGCCCUCAUGAAACAUACUGCCGUUGAUCCGGCCACCCAGAAGCUUGUUACGCCGAGUGAAGCCACUCGAUCAUUUCCCCACAAAUAUGUGCCGCGUAUCAGGUGCUCUGACUGCCUUGGCAAGGUCUACCUACCGGGAGAUGGUUUGACGGCCACAAACUUCGAGUCUCACCUGAAGAAUCGCAAUCAUAGGUCCCACGUGGAAGCCCGGACGGCGAAGAAGGAGUCCACAUAG